AUGAUGCGGAUACUUGAAGCACAGGCGCCCGCGCGGCAGACGGCCACAGACACAAUCCAGACGCUGAGCAACCGACUAUCGAGCGCGACGCUGCUGGAAGACCGACGGGCGGCGAUCCUGGGCCUCCGCAGCUUUGCCAAACUAUACCCUGCCUCAGUGGCAUCAGGAGCAUUAAGAGACUUAAUCGCAGGCCUACGACGCGAUGGCGACGACUCGGACACAAUCAAGGUGGUGCUAGAGACAUUGUUGAUGCUAUUUGAGCCGGACGAGAAAUCGCCCGAAGCAUCCGAAGACAUAUCGCUAUGGUUGGCGGACGAAUUCACCCAGCGGCAGGACAACAUCACCGCACUUUUAGACCUGCUCGAGUCGCCCGAGUUCUACCUGCGACUAUACGUGCUGCAGAUUCUAUCUCAUAUAUCGACGGCCCGCCCGCAGCGCACUCAGGAGGCCAUCUUCUCCGCGCCGCUAGGUGUGUCUCGCAUCACGGGUGUGUUAGAUGACAAGCGAGAAGCCGUCCGCAACGAGGCAUUGGUCCUGCUAGUUGCUCUGACGCCCACGUCGGCCGAGUUGCAGAAGGUCGUGGCGUUUGAAAACGCCUUCGACCGCGUCUUUGCACUGAUUGAAGGCGAUGGAGGUCUGACUCAUGGCUCAACCACGGUACAGGAUUGCCUGUCUCUGCUGGCCAAUCUGCUCAAUCUCAACACGUCGAAUCAGUCUUACUUUCGAGAAAUCGGCGGCAUCGGCAAAAUCAAAAAAUUGUUAUCGGCAGUCGUGGACCAGGAGGACUCCGGCGACGGUGUGUCGGAGUGGAUGAAGCCUCAAAGAGAUAUGAACCUGUGGGGCUUGUUGGGAGUCAUCCGUCUGUUUCUCGCCCCCGGCGCUCAGGGCACCCCGGUCAACCAGCAGGCCUUCUGGCAGACCGGAGUGUUGCAGGACGUCUUGCGUGUGGCUUUUCACCCGAAUUUUAGUACUGGCAUUCGCGCCAAAUCUCUCCAGACCUGCGGCGACAUUAUCCGUGGAAACCAUGGCCUUCAGGAACGGUUUGGCGACUUGCCUGUGCAGAUUAAACAGAAACGGCAGCAACAGGAUACCACAUCCUCGACUGCUGCCAACGGACACGCAGUAGCGGAAAAGCAGUCCGCCAAGAAGUCAAGCGGCGUCGUGUACCACGAGCAAAACAUCAUCGAAGCACUCCUAGAACUCGCUUUGGAAUCUUCCCCGCUCCCUCUAUUCGAUGUCCGAUUAGCGGCAUGCUCAACCCUAAAAGCGUUUUUCGAAGGCCAUUCAGGCAUCAAAGCCCACGUUCUCCGUCGAGCCAUCGAAGGCCACAAGGCCGGCGACGACACCAUCCCCAACAUGCUGACUGUUCUUCUCGAACCUCCUGCGGCGCGGAACCGCAACAACUCAGACCCAUACCAACAAUGGAUUGCCGCCGUGUUGCUCAUGCACUUGCUCCACGAUAACCCGGAAACCAAGGAAAUAGCCCUCACGGUGACCGAAGGCGAUGCCGAAAGUGGCGAGGAAGUAGUCACAUUUAUCCAGAGCGUCACUAGCAACGUUGUCGCGGGAGUCCAGCACAUCGAAGACGAGCGGGCCCUUUUGGGUUGUCUCAUGCUUCUAUGUAUCUGGCUCUUUGAGGACUUUGACGCCGUCAACGAUUUAUUGGGUGAAGGGAGCAAUGUGCAGGGUCUCAUGGCGGCGGUGAAAAUCUCACACAACGGGGCCAUGCCUCUCGUGGCGGGAUUGUGUGCUUUUCUUCUCGGGAUCAUCUACGAGUUCAGCACUAAGGAUUCGCCCAUCCCAAGAGCCACUCUACACGAUUUGUUGUUGAACGGUCUAGGACGCGAGACAUAUGUGAACCGAUUGACCAAACUUCGUGAGAAUCCCUUUGUGCGCGACUUUGAGGUCUUGCCGCAAACAGCCGGCCACGGUGGUCUGCCUGAUGUCUAUUUCGACAAAAUGUUUAUCGAUUUCUUCAAGGACAAUUUCAGCCGGUUCCUGCGCGCCAUUGACCGAGAUCCCCAAUUCGAAGUCUCGAUUGUAAGUAAUGGCGUGCAAAAAGGCAUCUCGCGCGACCUGGUCGACAAUCUGAAAGGCGAGGUGGAAGAACAGCGCAAAGCACUCGAAGCCGCCAACGCGCAACUGCUCGCGCUCACGAGGAAACUCGAACAAGAAGAGCUCGACCAUCGCCGCACUCGCGAGUCGUCUGCCGUCGAACUGGGGCGCAUCAAGCAGAUCAACCAGAGUUUACAGGACAAUCAUGACGAGGAGAUGAAAAGGAUGCAGGAGAGCUUUGCCCGCGAGAGGAGUGAGCUCAUCAAGAAUCACCAAAACGAGUCGAACAGAAUGCGGCAAGAACAUGACGCCACGCUAGCCAAUUUGCGCAAACAGCAUGAAACGGAGAAUUCACGGUUCGAACAACGGCUGAAGCUACUCGAACAAGAAGCAACGCACGAACAAGCCAUCUUGGUCGAACAGCACAGAAAGGAAAUCCAUGAUAUUGACGCCAAAGCCCAAGCGGCACGUGAAAGAGAGGCCGCUGAGAUCAACGAUCUCAAGAAAACUAUUGCGGAUUUGCAAGCGAAAUUGAAGAAAGUACAGGAUGACCAUGUCUUGGAUCUCCAGACUGCGCAUGAUGAGUAUCAGGCUAAAGUGAAGAGUUUGGAGGGUCGGCUGGCCAGAGCGGAGAGUCGCGCCGCCGAUGCUGAGCAACGUGCCAGACAUCUUGGUCAGGAACUUGAGGCUGAAAAGACGCAGCGUAAAGAUGUCCAGACUGAAUUGGAUGAUUUGUUGGUUGUCUUUGGGGAUUUGGAGGCCAAGAGGUCCGCUGAUAAGAAGAGGUUGAGGGAUUUGGGUGAGGAGGUGUCGGAGGAUGAAGAUGAAGAUGAUGAAGAAGGAGAAGGAGAAGAAGGAGAUGAACAAGAAGAGGAAGAAGAAGAGGAUGGUGGUGGUGAGGGAGAAGAGGAUGGAGAAGAUGAUGGUGGUAAAGAAGGGGAAGAAGCUGAAGAAGAGCAAACAGAGGCAAAAGAAGAAGAACAGAGACAAGAAGACAGUUCUGUGCAAGACGAAGCGGAAGAAGAGAAACAAGAAGUUAGUCAUGUCUCUUCCGCAGAUGAGAAAGCUGCAGAGAAGGAACAAGACGCCAGUCCGAAGUCCGAACCCCAACCUGAAGGCAAGAAAGGCAAAGGCAAAGGCAAAAAUAAGGCCAAGAAUAAAUCAUCAAGGUAG